GGACCAAUGGAAGUUCGGCGCAUCGGAGCACCGGCGCCGAGCGGCCGCGGGAGCUGCCGGGAGCGCUGCGCGGGUCGCCGCGAUGCUGCUGUUCUGUCCUGGCUGCGGGAACGGACUGAUAGUGGAGGAGGGGCAGCGCUGCCAUCGCUUCGCCUGCAACACCUGCCCCUACGUGCACAACGUCACCCGCAAGGUAACAAAUCGGAAGUAUCCAAAGCUGAAAGAAGUGGAUGAUGUGCUUGGUGGAGCAGCUGCCUGGGAGAAUGUUGACUCUACUGCAGAGCCAUGUCCCAAAUGCGAACACCCUCGUGCCUAUUUCAUGCAGCUUCAGACUCGCUCUGCAGAUGAGCCCAUGACCACCUUCUACAAGUGCUGCAAUGCUCAGUGUGGACACCGCUGGCGGGACUAGGGCCAGGGUGGCCCAGCUGCGUCAGCAUCUGCUUACCUUAUUCCCCAGGGUGGAUUCCCAGCUGCGAGUGUGAACUGUCUGUCCUGAGGGUCUUGGCUGGUGUGGUGGAAAGCUAACCCCUUUAGGGUGGCUGGCCCAGGGAUCAGGAAAUGGAGCCCAUCUCCCAGUUGGUGAAUUAACUCAUUAAUGUCCAGGAGCCUGUGUGUGUGGAGAGCAGCAUCCACAUAUACGGGCAGCCCAUUUAAGGUCCUGUUCUUCCUCUUUUACGUUAUUUGGGCAAUUGAUAUUCUCUCACCGUCAGCUGACACUCUUAAAUGUUUACAUUGUUUGCACAACUAACGAAGUAAAGCUUACUAGUUUAGUACCUUAGAUGUCCCUCAGUGUUUAACUGUUAAUUGCAAACUUAUUUAAUCAGAAUUUAUUCUGAAUAUUUAAUUAAAGCUAAAAGCCUAA